GUAUUUUUAGUUUUAAAAGUAAAAUUUCUGAAUUAGAGUAUUACUGUUUUAUUCAUCAAAUGUUGACACAUCUGCGGUGCAAGAUACACAUGUCCUCUACUCGAUACUUAUGUACAGAUCAAAGUCAAACAAUACAUUAUUUUAAACAAUACUUCUUUUAUAUGCAGACUAUUCUCAAGUAUUAUAUACAACGGUGAACAUGAAAAAUGCCUCAAAACUGUUUCAAACAGCAUUACAGAUGUGCCUCAUAUACAAAACAUGUUACAUUUAAUUACCUGCAAUUAUCUUAUCAAUAAAUAAUGUUACAUCUUAUACUCUUAAUUAUAGAACUGAAAAUUAAAUCUGGAUUGGAAAUUACAUUUACAAAGUUUGCCAUAACGGCAAUCAUGUCAAUGAAAAAUAGAAAAUGUGGACAUUUUGGCCAAAUUGUUCAUUGCUAUGUUAGCUUUAUGAGACAAAUUCAAAUUCUCAAAUCUUUUAUAUCUUAACAAAUACAGUAUUUCCUGUUUCAACAAAAAAGACUUUUUGAAUCCCUUUAUAUGUAGUUUAAUUUGUGAAUUUCAAUAUUAAAAACCCAUUUAACUUGUUAAUUUGACAUUUUAAAAUUGAACAGUCUUCAAUGAAAACUUUGUGCACAAUAAAGCUAACCAGGUUUGAACAUUUUGGUUCUGUAGUUAGAGCAUGGUUAAUAUUGCUUUUCUCUUAAAACUCACAUCUAAAACUUGAUAUUUUGCUGGAAAUAUAAAUGCAAAAAUGUAAGCCUUCUUCAAAAGCAGCACCAUUUCACAGUUGGUUUGCAACUUAGAUAUGUAUGGGAAAAUACACUUUGAAUUUUAGUUGUUUGCAAAAGGACAAAAUGUUUGUAUAUAUAUUAUAUAUGUAACAGAUUUGAUAAUACUUAUGAGAUACAAAAAUGAAAUUCAAAUUCUGCAUGGCACAACUGUUUGUUUUCUUUUAAAAAUAAGUUUGCAGAAUGUACAUUUACAGUGAAUUGACCUGUCCUGCCUUGGUCUAGGAGGUCACUGAUAGUCCUAUUGAGGUGCUGGCAGCUUCACACUGGGAAAUACUGACAAAAUACAAUCAAUAAACUGGAAUCAUGGCAUUGUAUGAAUUAACCAACAAAUAAGUAUUUACUCGACACCAACAGUUGGUCUAGGUAUGCUGAGGAGUAUACAUUAUAGGGUAAAACGUAGUACCAGACCUGUGAUUUGGGCCUUGGUCAUGAGUGAAAAAAUAGCAAGGUCAGAGGUCAAGGCCACAUCAAAAUUAGUGACCUGAUUUGAAAUUUAGCACACUGAACUCAGAAUACAAUAAGAUCUCGAUUUCUAUCUCUUACUCUUUUCAGAAACAUAAGGUCCAGUUUAACGUACUUAUUUUGAAAUUUGCUCUUAAUGUAGAAAAUGAAAAGUCCAAUAACAUAUUUAUAUUAUUUGACAGUAGACAAAAUUUGCAAUAUCAAAUAACAUUAAAUCUAGAGGAAGUAUGUAAGGCAUACUGCAUGAAGUCAAAGCUAGUGUUGUAGACUGAUUUUUGUCUCAUUUAAUGACGAAUACCUAAAUAGAAAUCCUCCUAGUAAUGAUAAUGAUGGCUAUAAAGCACCAACAAAGGGCAAAAUCUAUCCAAUAUUGUAAUGGGGAGGGAUGCUGGUUUGUACAAUGAUGUAAUGUAUUCACUAAUGAACCGGAUUAAUGAUAGGGUAUUUCCUGUAUAAACUAUCCUGUGUGGAUUCUCAAUAUCACUACAACAAUCAUUAUUUCAGUUUUCAUUCAAUGAAAUCCAACCCGAGUGUCUCUUGACAUACAUAUAGGAAGUCUUACCCAAUGUGUCUCCCUGUCUUACAAAUACAGAAAAAAAAACCUACACAGAAGAUCAUUAAAAGCACCUCUUUUCCUUGUAAGUACAUACUAUGGAAAUUAAUUCAAGUUUUUACCCCCCUAAAGGGAAAUCCAACCACAGUGUCUUUUCCUAUCAUAUACAUGGUCUCCCUGGCUUGUACACAGGAAAAUCCAAUCCAAGCAUCUGUCCUACAUAAAGAAACUCUAACCAAACUGUCUCUCUGCACAUGUCUGAGAGUGUCUGUACCCCACACACAGGGAAAUCUAACCCAAGAGUGUCUGUACCCCACACACAGGGAAAUCCAACCCAAGAGUGUCUGUAUCCCACACACAGGGAAAUCCCACCCAAGAGUGCCCGUACCACACGCACAGGGAAAUCCAGACCAGGAGUGUACGUACCCCACGUACAGGGAAGUCUAACCCAAAUGUUUCUGUACCCCACGUACAGGGAAGUCCAACCCAAAUGUUUCCAUAUCCCUGCUUACAGGGAAGUCCAACCCAAAUGUUUCUGUACCUCACAUACACGGAAGUCCAACCCAAAUGUUUCCGUACCCCACUUUCAGGGAAGUCCAACCCAAUUGUUUCUGUACCCCACGUACAGGGAAGUCCAACCCAAAUGUUUCCAUAUCCCUGCUUACAGAGAAGUCCAACCCAAAUGUUUCCAUACCCCACGUACAGGGAAAUUCAGCCUAAAUGUUUCCAUAUCUCCACUUACAGGGAAGUCCAACCCAAAUGUUUUCAUACCCCACAUACCGGGAAGUCCAACCCAAAUGUUUUCAUACCCCACAUACAGGGAAGUCCAACCCAAAUGUUUCCGUACCCCACUUACAGGGAAGUCAAACCCAAAUGUUUCCGUACCCCACUUUCAGGGAAGUCCAACCCAAAUGUUUCUGUACCCCACUUACAGGGAAGUCCAACCCAAAUGUUUCCAUAUCCCCGCUUACAGGGAAGUACAACCCAAAUGUUUCCAUACCCCACGUACAGGGAAAUUCAACCUAAAUGUUUCCAUAUCUCCACUUACAGGGAAGUCCAACCCAAAUUUUUCCGUACCCCACUUACAGGGAAGUCCAACCCAAAUGUUUCCGUACCCCACUUACAGUAAAGUCGAACCUAAAUGUUUCCAUACCCCACUUACAGGGAAGUCCAACCCAAAUGUUUCCGUAUCCCACGUACAGGGAAGUCCAACCCAAAUGUUUCCAUACCCCACUUACAGGGAAGUCCAACCUAAAUGUUUCCAUACCCCACUUACAGGGAAGUCCAACCCAAAUGUUUCCGUAUCCCACGUACAGGGAAGUCCAACCUAA